GUCCAAUUCCUCUUUUCCACCUCUCGAUCCUCUCUCUCUCUCUCUCUCCCCUCUCGCUGCCUCCUCUCCUCUUUCACAACAAUCUCAAUUUCUUACCGAAAAUAGCCAAAAAAAAUAAUAAUGUCGAUCGUCGUCGUCUUCGUCGUCGUCGUCCUCCUCCUAAUUCAAGAAUCAUCAUCGACGAUGAACGGCAUGAGCGCGUACGACGUCCUCCGAUCCCACGGCCUCCCCAUCGGCCUCCUCCCCAAAUCCACUCGCAACUCACCGUUCGACCCCUCCGGCAGCUUCGACUUCAGCCGCCUCGCCGAUCCCUGCACCGCUAACUUCGAGACGGUGUUCCGCUACGCCGCCGCCGUCAACGGCACGAUCAGCUACGGGAAGAUCGCAUCGCUCCGCGGCGUCGAGGCGCAGGAGCUCUUCCUCUGGUUCCCUGUUCAUGAGAUCCGCGUCGAUGUGCCGAGCUCCGGAUUGAUUCAUUUUGACGUCGGGGUAAUUCACAAGCAGCUCUCGCUCUCGCUGUUCGAGACCCCGCAGGAUUGUGUCCCCUGUCAUUAUGCCGGUGGCAAUGGCGAUGGCGAUGGGUCAAAGAGCCAAUUACGCGAUGGGCUGGUUGAGGAUGAAGAUGAGAUAGCUGUGUUUUGAUACAAAUGUGUCAGUUUCUUCGAGCUGUUGGAUAUUUUUGAUCUUGUUGAGUGAUCGGCUCGCUUUGUCUGUUCAAGAUUGAAAUUUUGAUUGUGCUUGAAGACUGGUAGGUGGUUGAGGAUUCGUUGAUUGUUAAGUAAGGGAGGAAGGGAUUGAGUCUGUAAAAUGCGGCGAUUUUUUAUGUUAUAGGCACUGGUGAAUUCUUGAGGUAAGUUAGCCUCAUAAUUAUAUAAAUUAUGAUUGAUCUCUUA